AUGAAGGUUUCCACGUUUUUGUCGGCGCUCCUCGUCGCCGACGCGACAGUACACGGUCUUGUGUCACCAUCAAUUGGGGAGAUUGCACAGCAUGAGCCAGUACGACACAGCGAGCGCGACACGCAUUCUCAUGAUGAUAGCGAACUCUGGAAGCGGAGAGGCGGAGGCGGUGGAGGUGGUCGCGGCGGCGGCGGCGGUGGCGGGUCAUCGGGAUCGUCAGGGUCUUCGGGCGGCGGUUCUUCUGGUACCUCGGGCUCGGGCUCUACCGGCGGCGGCGGCAGUUCUGGGACAAGAGGCUCUCCUGGCUUCAACUCGGGCGGCCGGACCUCAACCGGAACCGGCCCAGCACCCGCAUAUGGCGGUGGCACAUACUACGGCGGUGGUGCCGCAGUGCCUUAUAGGGCUGGUAGAUCUUCGCCCACCCGCGGCGUUGCCCCCCUCUUCUUUGGAGCUGCUUUCCUCGCCUUCUGGCCUGGCCUCUGGCUGACCAGCGCUUACUUGUACCGCCGUCCCGAGGGCUACACUUUCCACAACGUCACCACCGACCGGAGAGAGACCAAGCCUGUGAUUUGCGCCUGCGCCGAGGACAGCGUCUGCGGCUGUGACGACAAUGACGACGAGCAGUACAUGAAGGACUUGAUCGGCAACGGAAGCUACGCGGCCCUCGACAAGUCUGUGAUUGACGUCGCCAAUGUCAACGGAACCAGCACGAUUCUGAUCAACGGUACUCUUCCGGAUGGCACCACUGCUCCCGGCGGCACCGACGCUCCUGGCUCUGCUGCUGGUGAUGGCCUGCGUGCUCUUUUGGAGAAUGCUGGGUGGUGGCCAGUCGUUGCUACUGUUGCUGCUGUUGUCUUCACUGCUUAA